AUGUUGAGCCCGCAAAUUGUUCAGCUUCAAGGCAAUGUCAAGCAGCCUAUUUUCAGCUGCAAGUUUACUCGAGACAGGGCAUCCCAGGUUGAUCCACUAAGCAACUUCUGGUCAAAUGCAGCCGAUGGUUCGAACCAAGAUAUGGGGAGACGAGAGCGCAAGGGUUGGAGGGUGAAGAUACAUGACCUAUCCGGCUCAGCUGUUGCAGCGGCCUUCAUAACAACCCCUUUUGUGCCAGCAACGGGUUGUGACUGGGUGGCAAAGUCCAAUCCGGGAGCCUGGCUAAUUGUGUGCCCGGAUCCAUGCAGCCCCGAGAGCUGGCAGCCAUGGGGGAAGCUCGAAGCCUGGCGUGAACGAGGAGGAGUCAGAGACUGCAUCUGCUUCCGCUUCCAUGUCUUCUCAGACGGGCAGGAAGGAGGGGAGUUUCUGGUUUCGGAGGUACUGAUCAACGCGGAGAAAGGUGGGGAGUUCUUCAUAGAUACUGACAGACAGGCAGCAACGCCAAUGCUGAGCCCACAGAGCAGCGGAGACUUUGCAGGGCUGAGCCCCGUUGCUGGUGGAUUCGUCAUGAGCUGUAGGGUGCAGGGGGAAGGGAAGUUGAGCAAGCCUCGCGUGCAGCUCGCAAUGAGACAUGUCACGUGUGUCGAGGAUGCCGCCAUCUUCAUGGCUCUCGCUGCUGCCGUCGAUCUUAGCAUCGAGGCGUGCGUACCCUUUCGUAGAAAGAUUAGAAGAGGCACACAUUCUUGGUGA